AUGGACAAAACAGCUCAGAACAAGCAGUUCAUCAUGCCUCAGUUUCCGGCCCCCAACUCACAGCAGCGCUCCUCCUUAUCGUCACCGACAUCUUCAAUCGGACGUAACAAGGUCAGCUUGAAGCGGGGUCGUUCAUUGAUGGACUGGAUUCGUUUAGGACGGAGUGGCAAAGACCUCACAGGAGUUGGUGGGAAAGUUUUAGAGGUCACUGAGGAGGAAUUGGCAAAGCAUAAACUGGAAGAGGAUGUCUGGAUGGCAAUAAGAGGUAAAGUGUACAACUUGACUCCCUACUUAGAGUUCCAUCCUGGUGGAAUUGACGAGUUAAUGCGGGGUGCUGGUAAAGACAGCACACAAUUAUUUGAUGAGGUUCAUCGAUGGGUAAACGUAGACUCUAUGUUAGAGAAAUGCUAUGUUGGACGAUUAAAAUCAGAACAGAUUGUAUCCAGAAAAGAAAGUAAUUCUUCUCAGAAAAGUAAUACUUCAAUCAGUUUAUCUUUAAAAGCCAAAAGUUCUGUCAAUGUACCCAAGGAAACAGAUUCCAACAUAAUUCCAAGCUACAUACUUAUUUGCUCAUCUCCACUGAUUUCAGUUAACGUUAAUUCUUUCUUUUUUACCUUAUUAUCCUCUUUUUCCCUUUUUCAUUUUUCUUCCCUGCCUUUUCUUCUUCCCCCUUUUCCUCUUUUCUUCUUCCCCCUUUCCUCUUUUCUUCUUCCCCCUUUUCCCCUUUUCUUCUUCCCCCUUUUCCCCUUCUUCUUCCCCUUUUCCCCCUUUUCCUUUUCCCCCUUCCCCUUUUCCCUUUUUCCCCCUUUUCCCCUUUUCUUCUUUUCCUCUUUCCCUUUUUCUCUUUCCCCUUUUCUCUUUCCCUUUUCUUCUUUCCUCUUUCCCUUUUCUUCUUCCUCUUUCCCUUUUCUUCUUCCCUCUUUCCCCUUUUCUUCUUCCCUCUUUCCCCUUUUCUUCUUCCCUCUUUCCCCUUUUCUUCUUCCCUCUUUCCCCUUUUCUUCUUCCCUCUUUCCCCUUUUCUUCUUCCCUCUUUCCCCUUUUCUUCUUCCCUCUUUCCCCUUUUCUUCUUCCCUCUUUCCCCUUUUCUUCUUCCCUCUUUCCCCUUUUCUUCUUCCCUCUUUCCCCUUUAUCCUUUUUUCUGUUUUUCCUUUCCUUUUUCUCCAUUUUUCUUUUUCCAUUUCUUUUUUUGUCUUUUUGAUUUUCCUUUUCCUUUUCUUCUAUUUUUCUAUUUCUUCUUUUUUCUGUUCUUACCAUUUUUACUUUUACUUCUUUUUCUCAUUGUUUCUUUACUCAAUUUUACUUUACGCCUGUUUUCUUCUCCCUUUUCUUUUAUCACUCGUAUUUUUUCUUUUUCUUUUCUUCCUUUUUUCUUUUUCUUUCCUUUUUUCUUUUUCUCCUUUCCUUUUUUUUUCUUUUUCUUUCCUUUUCUUGAUAUGUCUUGUUCCCUUUUACUCUUAUACCGAAUCUUCUGUGAUAGUAACAAUCAACACCCAAUGGGAUGAUAUGAAAACAGAAUAUUUAGUGAUAAAUCGUGAUGAGAAAGACCUGAAUAUUAUAGCUUUCAUCAAAAAUAAUAAUAAAUAUCAAAUCCAUAUAGUUUUGGAAGAACAUGUUACAUCAGAUUAUAAAGUAAAGCUAAAAGAGCCAGGAAUCCUUGAGAUUCAGUUCAAAAAAGAAGAUCCUGGUAUCAGUUGGACAUCUCUUGGAGAGCCUGAAGAACAUCACAAUACAUAUUUACAAAAAAUAGCUGUUGAACCUCUUCAACGAGAAUGCCAAGUAGACUCCAUAGUUCAGCUAACCCACGAUACGAAACUAUUACGAGUAUUACUACCAGAUGGUUGCUUAAUGAACGUCCCUAUAGGUUAUCACUUACGUCUGUAUCAUACUAUAGGAGAUAUGGAAGUAUUCCGUCAGUAUACUCCAGUCUUGCCCUCCCUUUCACCUAGUCGAAUGGACAGUCUUGAGAACGAUGGUCGAGUUGUUUACAUGAUGGUUAAAAUUUAUGAAGAUGGUACCUUAACACAAUGGAUAGACACAUUAAAAACAGGUUGUUCACUUAAACUCAGUAUGUUUGAAGGUGAUUUUGAAUUCGAAAAACUGCUUAACUGCACUCAUCUUGUAAUGUUUGCGGCGGGAACAGGCUUCACUCCGAUGGUUCGGCUUAUUCAUUAUGCCUUGACCAAUGAAGAAUGCAGUAAUCGAUCAGUAACUUUACUAUCAGUAACUUUACUGUUUUUUAAUAAAACGGAAAAGGAUAUUAUAUGGCGUGAAGAAUUAGACAAGAUGUCAGCACAGUACGAAAGGUUUUGUGUAAAGUAUGUAUUGUCAGAACCGAGUAGCAGUUGGGCAGGAACCACUGGUCAUCUCAAUGAAGAACUGGUUCAAGAAUAUCUUCCUCCUCUGUCCACUUUGGUUGACCAGAAGAUGUUGAUUUGUGCUUGUGGGCCAACGCCAUUCACUGCUAAUGCCAUGAGGCUGGCCAGACUUCAAGGCUAUCGAGAUGAUUGCCUCCAUCCAUUCUUAGGCUGA